ACUUUAAACCUUUUUUUUUUAGAAAAAUAGAUUAAUAAUGUAGACGAUGUUAUUGAAGACAAACUAUUAAGUUCAUCAAAGUGUACGAGAAUUAUGGAGUAAUAAAAGCUGGUCUUAAUAGAUCUUACAAUAAACGUCGCAAUUUCACGACAAUGGCAACCAUAAUCUCUCCCAAUUCAUCCUUCGUAAUCUCCCAACUUUACACCUCCAUUACCAAACCUCAAUUCCUCACUCCCACCAACUUCCACAACCCAUCCAAUUUGUCAUCUCACUUCUCAAUCACAUCCUCCAUAAACCCCCAAAUCACUCCCACCCCCAAAACCCUAAACCGAAUCUCCCCCAUUUCCGCAGCUACAUCCAAAAACCCUAAAAUAGAAACUUUAAAAUCACGCCUCAAAAAUGGCGAAACCCUCUAUGGAUUAUUCCUCUGUUCAUUCUCCCCUACUCUCGCCGAAAUCGCCGGUCUCGCGGGCUAUGAUUUUGUCGUCGUUGAUAUGGAGCAUGGUUAUGGCGGAAUUCCCGAGGCGUUGACGUGUCUUCGCUCUCUUGCCGCCACUGGUACUCCAGCGAUUCUUCGGUUACCAGAAACAACCGCAACAUGGGCGAAAAAGGCCCUUGAUUUAGGUCCACAAGGGAUUAUGUUCCCUAUGAUUGAAUCCGCUAAGGAAGCGCAAAAAGCCGUCUCAUAUUGCCGUUACCCGCCCAAUGGAGUCCGUGGGGCAGCCUACCCGAUUGUUCGUGCUUCAGGGUAUGGUAUUGAUUCCGGGUAUUUAACGAAUUGUGAGGAGGAUUUGCUGAUAAUGUGCCAAGUUGAAUGUGAGGAUGCCAUUGAGAAAAUUGAGAAGAUUGCAGCCGUUGAUGGGGUAGAUUGCAUUCAGAUGGGACCGUUGGAUUUGAGUGCUAGUAUGGGGUAUUUGUGGGACCCAGGGAACAAGAAAGUAAGGGAGAAGAUGAGGAAAGCAGAGAAGGAAGUGUUGGAAGGUAAAAUGGGAAAUGGUGGUAAAAGUGGGGCCUACUUAUCUGGGUUUGCUAUGCCACAUGAUAGUCCACUGGAGCUUAAGAAACGUGGGUAUCAUAUGAUUUCUGGUGCAGUUGAUUUGCUGAUGUUUAGAAGUGCUGCUGUUGAAGAUGUUAGGAAGUUUAAGAUGAGUAUGGAAGAUGAUGAUGAUGAUGAUGAUCAGACGGCUGAGAGUAAAGAUGAUGAUGAGAAGUAUUGGAGUGAAGGAUGAUUGAUUGAUUGGUUUUCGUCACUUUUGUGAGCAGUUUAGUUCUUUUUCUUUUACUUUUCAUUAUUGUCUAUCUGUCAUGUUCUGUUGAGGUUUUUUUUUGACAAGUGGAGUAAAAUUGGGGUUUCCCAUAUGAUGUUAAUGUCAAUGACUCAGUUCUCGUGUUUGGUUACUCCCUUGUUUCAUCUUAUCUGUUUUUUGGUGGAGCUUAGAGUUAAUAAAUUAAUCUCAAUUAUUGGUAGGUGGAAUAUUGUUGGAAUCUGACAUUGGAAUUAAGAUUUUCACGUUGUUAUUCUCAAGUGUUACUACAAUA